AUGUAUCCUAAGGUUAAUAUUGAGGAGAUGUUGCCUCCAUCAUACAAAAGAGGCCCUGGUAGGCCAAAGAAACUAAGGAGGAGGGAACCUGAUGAGGAUCCUAACAAGGGAAGGACACAAAUAUCUUAUUGUUGUACCAACUGUGGUGUACAUGGCCACAAUGCAAGGAGUUGUACAGUUCUGGUGCCUGACCCUAAAGCUCAGAAAAGAAAGCCAAAGAAAAAGGCUACACAAACAACACAACCUGAAGCUUCUACUAAACAACACAACUCUGAAGCUUCUACUGAACAACAACAACCUCAUCAUGAAUCUUCCACUUAA